AUGGGGGGCUGGGCUUAUCAGAUUACAAAACCUCCUGUGUGUACAAAUUUUAAUCCAUUUAACCACUUGAAAAUCAUAAGUGGACGGUCAACAAAGAUGCCAAACGUCAUCAAAGUCGUGGGAAAACUUCUCAUGGGAUAUCAACUAAACGUCGUCACGCCUUUUCAUUACAUCCUCGUUGAGCAAACGAAUUCUGUAUGAGAUCAAAUUCGUUUCAUCUCUUCCGACUUCAAAUUGGGAGCAUCACUGAGUCAAGCAGUCGAGUGCGAGAAGUGAUCACUGGCGUCGAAUUGCUGAGUACUUUGUCGUCCCGUUUUUAUUACGCAGUAGCUCGCGUGGCAAAGGGGAAUAAAGGUGCGUGUGAUCGCGAAGGGCGCUUGAGAGACAUAAGAGAAAAGUAGCCUGCGUGGCAGGCGCAAAAAGGGGAGGGGGAGGGGGAGGGGGAAGGGAGAAAGGGAAAAGGGAAGGGAGCGCCUGCUCUAAGAACCUAUGUUUUUGUAUAACGCCUACCAAUUUUCUAGUAAUCCGAUUACGCUUACUGUCAAUCAAGUGUCGCUACACUCGCCAUUGCAGAAAAACAUUAUACUCACGGACUAAAGAAAUUCGCUUAGUUAUUCAGAUCCAGAAGACACUUUGGAGAAAAUUGGAACCCUUAUUCUGCCGUAAUAAAAAAAGCUUUACGCUUCAAAAGAGGUCAAAGAAAUUACGCUUGCAUCAGAAGGCAAAUCCUGCCGACCAGAAAACAAUAACUACAGUCAAUCGAUAUGUAUGUCAUGACCUCUCAGUGUGAAACAUGCGGCCAAAAUAACAUAGCAGAUAAAAACAACCUUAUUGUAAUAAGCAGCAUUUUGGCAUGAGGUAAAACCACCCUCUUUUAUUGCUAAGUUACAUCGGCGAAUGUCAUCGUUCGAUAAAUUGUUGGCUAAAUCUUUCGCUGGGUAGCCCCACAAUUCCAUCUCCUGCAACUCUUCGAUAAUACUUUUCAGUGGCGAAAUGACGAGAAUCGCCGCAUUACCAUUUAGCUCGUAGUUCUUCGCGCGUACAAACAUUUGGAGCCCUUACUGCUGAUUCUUGCUCUGGUUUUAAAACAGUUUCUCUACUACUAGAUAAAUUCACAUCUCUUAAGCACUCUCUACGACAUCCACGUCUACCUCUGCCAUCUCGACUGUUUGUUGAUUUGUGAAACGCGCAUUUCAAUAUGUUACUCAUUACGGCUCAGCCAAUCAGGAAUUUGCGGACGCCAGCGUCCGCAGAUAUGAACAAAAGCGGGUUCUUAGAGCAGGCGUCCCCUCCCCCUCUCCCCAAUCCCCCUCCCCUUUUUCCCUUCCUCCCUAUCCCCUACCCCCUACCCCUUUCGACGCCUGCUACGCAGGCUAGAGAAAAGGGAAAAUGCUUUCUUCUCUUCCUCGCAGGUCCUCGCGCGUCUGCCACGCAGUUUCAUGCGCGGGUGAAGGUCGCGCGUAAUCAACAUUGUUGGUUUGGCGUAGUCUUUUCUGAUCAACAGUGCUUCUAUUUUUAGCUGUAGUCUUGUUUUUUCAAUAGUUCUUGUUCGUAUAUCAAUCGUGCCGAAAAUGGAAAAGUGAAAGUUAUUAAACAGUACUUUUCUGUACAUGUGAGCUGUUUGAUAUGCUGUACAAAACCCUAUAAUGUUUAAUAGCCAUCUGGAGCUGAGGUGUCAUCAGUAACGGUCACGUGACUUUUAAAAGAGAUACUUUUCCCUUCUACACGGUCUACACUCUCGACAAUCUCACGCCAGUUCGAAAAUUCAUAGUAUAUCUGCAGACUGACACAUCUGCGUAUCUGCUAAAAGGAAGCUAUAUUCAACAUUUGCUAUUUCUGUAUUUGGCAAAUUACUUAAGGAAGUCAACUACCCACUUUGCGGUCCUAAACGUAACAGUAUUGAAACCGAUACCUCAAAAUGAAGACCCCUAAGUUUUGAAAAGGAAGAAUGUGUCCUCUUAGUUGGACGUUUUCAGAUGGCUGUUCUUUUGUUGGUUCUCUUGCCUUCCGCGCUAGGUACUCGGUAAUAUCCAGUAGGGUGCCAGUACAAUCAAGGUGUAGUCUCCAUUCCAACGCCUCGAACAGAAAUCAACAGAGACUUGUGUUGUUCUUUUUUUCAGUUUAACUUCAACACUUAUUCAGUCUGUUUUUCCGGAUAUCCUUUGGUUUAGUCUAGUCUGUGUAGGUCUAAGUCGCACGCGAACACAGGAGUUACUAUUUUUUCUCAAGGUUUCUUUUUGUUUCAAAGAAAGGAAACAAUAGGCUUAGCCUACAUAUAACAGGUCAACAUUCUACGGAAACUCGGUACAGCGCACAUCCCAGCUUAGUAGUUUCAUUUGACUCAAGUGCGAAGUGGCUUAUUUUUAUCACUAUCAAGGAAAGACGAAGGAAGAAGGAAGCAGUGCUGACAGCCUUUGAACUAAAGAUCUAG